AUGGGAUUCAACAAGAAACUCGUUCUCGCUGGUCUAGCUGUCGGUGUCACGGCAUACAUGCUGUACAAGGCUUCCAAGAAAAACCAACAGCAAACCACUGCGUAUCAACAUCAAGUCGCCGCAGCUCCCAUGUCUUCUUCAUCGGGAUCCAAUUCGCAUGCCUCUUCAUGGGGUGGCGUAGCUGUGGGUGGAGCAGCCGUCGCUGCAGCCGGUGCAGCCUACGCAGCGCACCAUCAUCAACAGCAACAGAACAAGCCUCCGGUCGCCAACCUCAACGCUGCGCACGUGGCCACCAACAACCCGAAUCUGGGAUGGGAGUCGUUACGCGAUUGGAAGCACAUCGCGAAUCUGCUCGCCACUUGCGUUAUGGAUCAAUAUCUGUACCCCUUCUACACGUUUGCCGAUGUAGCACGAAUUGCUCAGCACAUCGCCAGCUCUGGUGCUCUGCAACAGUGUGCCGACAGCUGGCAGUUGCCACCAUACUUGGCGCAAGACUUGGUCAAGCUCGCGCUGUUCGAUGUCAUGUUCCUGCUCGAUGACAGCGCGUCGAUGCAUAGCGAGGGCACGCGCCGAAGAGAUGCACUGGCGGGCAUUCUGAAACGCGCAACCGACGCAGCUGCCCGAUUCGAUCCCGACGGAAUGGAGGUCGCUUGGAUGAACAGCUCGUCGCAACAGCGAAUUCACAACGUCGCCGAAGCAGAACAGUUGACUUCGCGAUGCGCCUACAACGGAAGAGCUACUCCUAUGGGCUCAUCACUCGAAACCAAGAUCCUCCAACCUUUGGUGCUGACUCCCGCUAAGAAGGGCAGAAUGCUCAAGCCAGCACUUGUGCUCGUCAUCACAGAUGGAAGACCGACUGGAUCGAGCGAGAAGGGCGACAAGAUGGUCAAAGUUCUGCAACAUACCAAGCGCACACUAGCAUCGACACGAUACGGUGAGGAUGCAGUGUCGUUCCAGAUCGCUGCGGUCGGAAACGAUCGCGAGGCGCAGGAAUGGCUCGAUACCAUCGACAACGACCCCGUUGUAGGUGACUUGGUCGACGUCUGUUCGGACAUUGCUAUCGAAUCCAAGCAGGUGAAACAAAGUACCGGAAUCGAGCUCACCCAGGAGCUGUACUGCCUCAAACUUCUACUCGGGCCCAUCGACACGUCAUACGAUGCCAGCGAUGAAAACGAAAAUGAUAGCAGCCGGAGUCGCACCGCCAUGAAAAGGAGGCAGAAGAAGGAGUUGGAGAAGCGCGAAAAGGAGAACAGGUUCCGAGCGCAGAUGCAGACGUUCAGGAGCGAGUGGGAUGCAGCUCUACAAGGCGCGGCUCCGGUGCCGAGUGCGGGUGGCGCGUUUCCUCCGCAGGGGGUGGAUGCUGGCUUGAGUGGAUACUCUCAUCAGCCCUCGUACCCUGGCCCCGGCGCAGCGCCGUAUCAGGGUCAGCACCAACAGCAGCAGCCGUAUCCACCGCAGUCGUCGUACGGACCACCGCCUGGAGCAGGCUACUCAGCUCCCGCGCACGGCUACGCUCCUCCGAACGCCCCGUCGGGGUAUCAACCAUACGGCGCUUCACAACCAGGCGCGCCGGGACCACCACCCUACCCACCCGCGUACUCGUCUCAACCAGCGUACGGUCAACGCGAUCCUGCGCAAGCUUUGGCUGAUAAUGCGCCGAGCUAUCCUGGCAGCGGCGGCGCUGGUGCUGGCACUGCAGGUUUUAUGCCUGGCACUGGUGGGUUUGCCAUGCCCAACCCCAGCGUUGGCGCGCCAGGCUACUCGGGUCAAGCCGAUCCGCAGUCGCACGCACCGCCGUUCGGCUUUCCACAGGCUCGUCCGCCCGAAUACUACAAUGUCACGCUCUGCUAA